GAGCGCCUGCGCAGCGCGCCCAAUCCGCUAGAGGGAGCGGAAGAGUGCUGGGCGCUUAGUGAGCCAGCCCAGCAGUCUGUGGAGGCGGCGGGCGACAUGGACAACGCGGGGAAAGAACGAGAGGCGGUGCAGCUGAUGGCGGAGGCCGAGAAGCGAGUCAAGUCCUCUCACUCCUUCCUCCGAGGGCUGUUCGGAGGAAACACAAGAAUAGAAGAGGCUUGUGAAAUGUAUACCAGAGCUGCAAAUAUGUUCAAGAUGGCUAAAAAUUGGAGUGCCGCAGGAAAUGCAUUUUGUCAGGCCGCCAAGCUCCACAUGCAGCUUCAGAGCAAGCACGACUCAGCCACCAGCUUCGUGGAUGCCGGAAAUGCGUACAAAAAGGCGGACCCCCAAGAGGCUAUCAACUGCUUAAAUGCAGCCAUCGACAUUUACACAGACAUGGGAAGGUUUACAAUCGCAGCCAAGCACCACAUCACCAUCGCUGAGAUCUAUGAGACUGAGCUGGUGGACAUUGAGAAGGCUAUUGCACAUUAUGAACAGUCUGCUGAUUAUUACAAAGGAGAAGAAUCUAACAGCUCCGCUAACAAAUGUCUGCUGAAGGUAGCCGCCUAUGCUGCGCAGCUGGAACAGUACCAGAAAGCCAUCGAGAUCUACGAGCAGGUUGGGGCGAAUACCAUGGACAACCCCCUGCUGAAGUACAGCGCCAAGGACUACUUCUUCAAGGCAGCGCUCUGCCACUUCAUCGUGGAUGAGCUGAACGCCAAGCUUGCUCUCGAGAAAUACGAGGAGAUGUUUCCAGCAUUUACUGAUUCAAGAGAAUGUAAAUUAUUGAAAAAACUUCUAGAAGCUCAUGAAGAACAGAACAGUGAAGCUUACACUGAAGCAGUAAAGGAGUUUGACUCGAUAUCGCGCUUGGACCAGUGGCUGACCACCAUGUUACUGCGUAUCAAGAAAUCCAUCCAAGGCGAUGGCGAAGGGGACGGAGACCUAAAGUGAAGCAUCUCUGUCUUCAUGGCAUGUAGCUCACUCCUCUUUAGUUUGUGUUAGGGCCAAGUGAUCUCAUGGGAUGCCCAUUUAAUGGCUUCAUUCUGUUACCUGUGAGCCCAGUGACCUAUGUUGUUCAGCGUGCCAUGUCUGCGUCACUGUGAAGCAGCUGAAUGGGAGUCUCCUGUUGCUGUUCUGUUUGUGAUGACCAGAGUACAUUUCAUGCUAAGUCCCCAGAGCUUCCCAAGAAGUGCUUCCAAUCUUACUCCUGUCCCUUGACAUCCACAGGCCCCUCUUUCAUGUUGUGUUUAUGUUCUGUUCCUUGGACUCCAGGACUCAGUUCUGUUGCUCUAAUGGAUGCUUUGCAAGCUCCCGUGUGUUGGCAUCUGGAUGUAUUCUUUCUGUGCAUUCAGUUUAGGGUGGUUAUUAGGAUGAGUUUACGACAUCAUUAGAAAUGGUUUCUUUUUCUCUGUGAUGGUGCUAGUGACAGCUUUCUUGGCUUUUAUGUUCUGUUUGCUCACAUGCCCAUGGCAGAAACUCAGAGCAGUGGGGUCUAUUGGCAUCACUUGUGUUGGGAGAAGGAGCUCUCUGGCAGGACUUGCUUCUUGUUUGGAUGAAAGUCAAAAUGGAUUUGAUGGGUUUGUACUUAAGCACACACCUCCAAGUUUCUAAAAUGUGUGAAAAGCAGAACAGUUCCUUUCCCAGGAGAAAGUCUGUGCUUUAUUUGGGGUGAAAGUACAUUCAUUGGUGUGUCUUGUUCUUCAUUUCAUGUUUGUACACUUAGAGACAUUGAGCUGUCUUCUGUGCCAUGCUCGUGCCAGUCUUGUCAGGGUUGGGUGGACUGUCCAGUCAGAGUGUGAGAAUGUGUGUGAUUGACUUCAUCCAUCUGUUGAGCCUGAUGGGUUAAGGGCAGGCAGGAUGGUACAGGAGGUUACAGUGUGCCUGGCCGGGCGAGACCCCACCUCCCAUCUGGGCAUUAGAUUGUCCCCUGGCCGGUGGGCUUAUUGUAAGGUCUAAGACCUAUGUAUCCUCUUGAGCUGAGAACAUGGUUCUCGCUGGUACCAUACUCAGACGUGGGCUUAUUCCCUGAGUCUCCUGUGCAUAUUUGUGUGCUGAAAUGGUUUGAGAGGCAUAUGUUGCCUGACAGAUAUUGCACCCCUUUCUGAAUUGUGUUUGCUGCCCUUAGUUGCCAGAUAGCAAAACCUUCUGUGUUUUGUUAGGUGGUGAGGAGUGUCUGAUAAGGUUACCAUUUUUAGGUGACCCUUGGCUGGGAGUGUUAGGCUUUUGCUGUGCAGAAGCAGAGCAGACCAGCAGUGAGCCAGGAGGUGGAGGACUGGAGAGCAGGUCAUCAGUCUGGGGUGAGAGGGAAUGCAGGGAAUAAAGUGGAAAAGUACCUGCUGAGGCUGACAUGGAGGUUUGCAUCUGGUGGCCCAACAAUGGUGGUGACGGGCAGCGUCCUGGGGUGCAAGAAUCUCAGUGAUGUCCAUAUGUCUAGUAGGGGUAAAGGAAUGGUCCCUGGAGUCUCACCUGUGGGGUCCCAGGUUCUUGAAUGAAAGCUGCCUGUCUAUGAAGGUAGGUUUGGACUGAAGCUGAGGUGGUGCUCUUUGAUGCCCAGGUAGAAUCUCCUCUGAAAGGAACGGUCAGAGGAAAGCAGAUUUUGCUGCCGUACCUGGUGUGUUCCAUGGACAGCCAUGUGCACAUCUAGGAAUGCCGAGGGUGGUGGCUUGAGUCCUCUGGCUCCAAGUCAGUUUCAGGAUCAGCUAGCCAGAGAGCUGUGUCAGCAGCACUAGUUCAGACUUUUCUGGUGGCCUUGUAAAGUAGAACUGCAUGCUGUCCUCUGGGGCACUGUGUUUAGGUUUCAGCAUGAUCUCACAGGCCCAUCCAAAGAAGGUGUGGUUUUUAAAACUGUAGCAUUUGUACUAUUUUGGCAUGUCAGUCAGAGUGGCUUGUUUCUAUUAAAAUAAAUGCUAGGACCAGUGCCUGGGGUAAGAAAUAAGUUUUGUUUCUGAUACUUCACAUGAAAAGAAUAAACAUAAUUACAGGGGCAAGAACAGACCUGCCAGAAUCAGUAAAACGAGAAUGAGAAAGGAGCCCAGACAAUCAUGUGUAAACUUGCCUCUCCAAAUGUCCCAUGGAUACAGGACAAUGCCAUGUCUCAGGAUGCCCAGGAGUUAGCUUUAGGAGUUUCAGAAUGCUGCCUAUAAACAGAAUAUAAUGAUCAUUUAUGUUACAGUUCCUACCCUUUUCCAGAUCUGGGGUCAGUUCAUAGUUGAAGUCAGUUCAUAUUUCAUACAGGAAAGUUUUGCUUUUUGUGGCAACAAUUUUAUAGCUUGUGUGAAUUCCUUUUUUAUUUAAUGAUCUGAAAACAGUAUUUUUGCACACUUGUGACCCUGUGUGGUGGCAUCACUGUAACUGUAGUACAUGCACCAGCCCUCAUGCAGUCAUUGUUCCUCUGAUGUUGUGCAUUCCCAACAUUUAAAUGCAGACCUUAAAGACUUCCAUUGGAGGUUCUGCAGCACCGCAUGACCAUGCCCUGCCCGCUGCAGUGUGAGCUAUGACCGUAGCAGGCUCCUGCUUGUGAGGUCCUGAGUUGCCUUCUGCAGGGAGCUACAGUAUUGAAAAACAAC